AUUCUCUUGCAUUCUCGAGUAGCGAGAAAAAAAUAAUAAUUCUGUUGUCCUCAAGCAUCACCGUCGCAAACAAAGCCUAGUUCUGGUUGAUUUGAUCCUAAUCCCCCAUCUAAUCCGUGCCCGCCCACCAGUUAGCGCCUACCUGCCAACGUCGUCGCUACCAAUCUAGUGGGCGCCACUCGUCGUCAUCGCCUGGCACCUUUUUUCGACCCGGGGCCGUCAACCCGCGCAUGCGUGCUACAUUGAGCGUUACGAAAACUAUGUUGCAGCAGUAGACCCAAAGUCUAUACCGUUCACCUUCUGUCUUUUGUCACAAUGAGCAACAACAUUCCCGGGAGGCCAUUUCCCAAUACAACAAACGUCGCAACAGCCUCGAACCCAUACCAGACGAACAUCGGCAGGUCGAAGACGAGGAAAUGGGUGACCGCCCCCACGCAGAAUUACGAUGGCGAUGAUUGGGGUAACGACUACGAUGAUGAGCCGGAAGAACCAGCACCGCCCCUGCCGGGGCAGGUGACAGGAUGCCAUGGGACGAGCCAAACGACCGCCGGGGCUCCGGACAUGCGUUCAUCGCUCCCUUCAGCUGGAGCGCGCAACAUGUCGGGCCCGCCGAGUCUGCAGCUCCAAACACAACAGCCCACAGGUAGAAUCUCCCCAGGAGCGCUGCCAUCGGACAAACGUCGUUCGUUUACAGCCGGCGGCCUCGGCGGGCCAACGGGGUCUGCUGCUCAAUCGCCGGUCCUACAUUCGGCGCCAGCAGUCCAAAGUCCUCCACCCUUUUCGAACCUUCCCUCCAGACAGGGCACCACAUCUCCGACAGUGGCAUCUCCGACAGUUGCAUCCCCUAGCAGCCUGACGGGCGGCUUUCAGAGUGCUCGCGCAACUGAGAAAAACUUUCCCGCGCGCAAGAGCAGCCUCGAUACGAAGGAUGGACAACCGGAUUUGACGACUGGAUCUCGGCCGCAAGAUGGGCUCGGCUCACAGUCCAACUCUAGACCUGCCUCUGGCCACGUCAAGCCUUGGAUGGAGCCGCGGUCUGCUUCCCCUCAAGGGCCACGUUCACCUCCAGGAGGCGUCAAGUCCCCAACCUUGAUCCGUCCGUCGGAUAUCUAUCGCCGUAUGGAAGAGGAGAAAGAAAAGAAGCGCCAAUCUCUUGAUUCGGGCAGGCCCAGCGUGGACAGUGCCACGGGCAGGCCGGGCACUGUUGAGAGGGCAGAGUCUCCUGCGAUAAAAUCGCCGGUAAAUCUUAUUGAUACGCCUGUGCAAAUCGGGCGACCUAGCUCUGAUAAGGAAAACGCAACUGCUGAGUCGUUGCACACUGCUAUAGCCGCUGGCCUCGAGACUGUAGCUGAGCGCAAGAGUGAAUAUGGCUUAGAUGGCUUCGCGAAUGGGCCUGGUCCAAAGUACCUGGAGUUGAACUUUGAUACAGGGGAUCGAGAUGCAAAAGAUGAGACGGAGAUUCUCAAAACCGCAUCCAACGCCACCGAUACAGCGACCGGUGGCGCUGCCAGUGCUGAAGGGUCAGCAUUGUUUUCGCAAAAAUCGGACAGGUUGCAUGAUGAGAUGUCAGCAGCAAGCACGGUCAAAACAGUUGAAGACCGUGUUGGAGGCGCUAAAGAGCCCCAAACGUUAGCUUCAGCCACUCCAAAAGAAAGUGCGAUUGUUUCCACGGGUGACAAAGACAUUAUGAGCAGCUCAGGCCAAGAUGCAAAGCCUACCGCACAGACAGAUGCCACGCAAGAUGAAGAACGGGAGAACGAAUUGAGACGCUACUCUAGCAGCCCAAAGCUGCCCGAUUUUGCAAGAAUGUCAUCAUUUGGGUUCGACUUUCUCAGUACUUCUGCCAAGGAUGAGGAUAAACCGCCUGUUCCAGUGAUUGCCAAAGAGCAUGAACUGUCUGCCCAGCCGCCGGUUGGCCCUAAAGCCACCACGGAGGAUGUUUCCAAGCCAUGCGAGUUGAACGAGACAAAGAAGGAACAGAAAGUUGAAGCAGAGCCGCAGCAUGCGGAGGUAUCGGAGAAAGAUGGUGGCAAUAUGGGCGUGACAAAAUCGCCCAAGGAGGAAGGCACGAUUGGCCGCGUGUCUCCCGCACUGUCGAACAGCCCGAGCCCCACACCAGGUACCAACGACGUAAAUGCCAACAAUCAAUCUCUUGGAUUGGGACUGGCAGUCGACAAACGGGCAUCGGCGGAGAUGGCGAGAAAAGUGUCGCAGAGAAAACCUGUUCCGUCGGCAACGAUUGAACCGGUUGCAAGAACCGGCACAAUGGACACAACCGCUGCCGUCAAGGAGAGCGACAAGCUCACGGACGAGAUAAUCAAAUCGUUGAGCCCCCAGGUUGCAGCCAGCGAAACUUUGGGUGCCGGAAAGCCUCAUGGCGACUCGGUGCCACGGGAAAGCGCCUACCUCGGGGAUGUGUACGACUAUUAUGGUUCGUUCGACGAGAAGGCGGCCGAGGAGGAAGAGCCUGUUCCACAGAAGAAGCUCGACAGCCGGCCAACUUCUCCACUCAAGGGCAAGGUGCUGCCAGCGACUCCCAACCUGGACGAUGAUAUGCCAGAGGGAUCUAUGAGCCCGAAGCCUUUGAACACGCAUAAGAAACAACCGUCAGUCGAUAAUCCUGCCAAACUGCGUCAAAGGUUUUCUUGGGAGGCCGGCCAAGAGGAGGUCAACUCUCCGUCCAACCCGGAUCUCCCAGCCCUGGUAAUCCCAACGGAGACGUCCAAGGCCAGCCCAGAGCCUGAGCCCAAGAGCCUGACGAUCAUUCCUCCUCAACCUGAAAACGCGCUAUUGUCGUCACCUAUCUCACCUGCCCGGGAGAACUCUGCGAUAAGUCCAAUCUCAUCAGGUUCUCCGAACUUGGAACGCCAGGUCUCCGAGUCGAGCAUGCAUCGCCCUGGGAACCAGACGGCUCCCUUUGAGUUACCGUCUCCUAUUUCGGCUCUCUCUGAUAACCGAAACACAUCGGUAGCACAAGAGGAAAAUAAGAAAACGCUGGCCGAAGAGAAGGAGUUCAUCACAAUCGCGACCAGCCCUGUGGAGGCGGAACACCCAGCGUUAUCCCCAACGGCGACAACGGAAGAUUCUCGCGACGAACAUCAGCCAUCUACGCCGAUCAACAUUGCGCCAGGCUUGACAAGUGUUCCUUUGCAAUCACAGACACCCGAGUCGCCAAGCGUAAAAAUUUGGACAUUCCGGGAGAUAAUGGCACUGCCGACCUCGGAAGAACGCGUUGAACGCAUGAUAGAAACACGCAAUCUCUUUGCCAAGCUCGACUCUGGCCUUGCACCAUGGCUUGGUGCCAUGACUGCUGGUCCGGAGCACGCAAAUGCUUCAUCUUCACUUAGAGAAGACGUGAACAACUUUGCAGGCGGUCAAGCUGAAAACCAGCGAGUAGGAGGGUCAGCAGCGCAUUUAACGCAACCGCAACCAUACUACCAGCAGUACGUCAAUGCAAGCAACACGAAUUUGGCAUCCUCGGGUGGAGGUGAAACUACUAGUCGCCCUCUUAGCGGCGCGCCGAAUCUAUCGCAGCUCACGAGUGAGUUUAGGCAUUCCGGUGGCCAGGUGGGUGCCAAGGGGAAGGAGUUUUUCAAGUCAGCCGGCAAGGCGGGCAAAGGACUGUUCAGCAAAGGAAAGAGCAAAUUCCAGACUGCUCGGGAAGAAUGGAAAUAAGUUCUGGGUCCUCAUAUCAUUUCAUGUGGACGUGUCCUUUUUUGAUACGGUCAGCCGGAGACUCGUCUUCAGCAUACCUUUGAUCUUUUUUUCAUGCUCAACUGUCUACCUAACUAUUCCGUUCAUACUUUGUUACAUUUUUAUUUUUAUUUUGAUGAGGGCAGGAUUGGGGUGCGGAAAAUGGAAACGGAAUGGAAAGCGAUUUGUUUCUUUUUUAUUGGCUAUCCAAGUAUCAGCAAACGCCCUCAAGCGAAACCUCAAUUUACGCUCCGGUUCUGGAACUGGAGACGGGCAUAGCCGCGACAACGACGUCUUACGAGACAUGGCUUUGGUGUAAGACCUGAUGUUUGGCCCCCUCACAUGAAUUGGUUGGUGUACAAGGCACGUCAUUAUUGGUGGCCUUAGUCAACAACGGCUGGAAACUCUGCACGGGAGGGUAGGCGAUGUAACGCAGCAAGACAUCGUCUAGCAACUACCUCAGACGCGGAGGUCAGGCUGGGCGAGGGUGGGUAUGGGGCCGUAAGACGGAAGGAAGCAUCCCAAGCUACAGUAGAGUUCGGUGGGCCUGUUAUGUCGUUCAAUGUCUGCCGCCGGUUGGGAGCAGUGCCGAGAAUCCAGCUCUCAACGCUUGUGCCAACUAGUCUAUCAGCAUUACCUAGCGGACUACCUACUUAAGUGAAGACGUAGACCGCCUCAUUGAACAUCCUCAGACCAGCAGUCCGUUGACACAUUGAGGGGCUCCUGGAAUAGAUUGGGGUGAGCUCACUCGCCACAUUAAACAUUGGUUGCCUACCUACAUUGCUACCUACCUACAUUGCUACCUACUGUAUAAAGCAUGCCUCUGUGUUACCACGGUGGAUUUCGCCGAGAACAUUUCUGCAGUCUAUCGGCUAUUGUAUUUUACCCAGGCCUCAUGCAACAAGGGUCACCAUCUCCACUGGGGAAAUCAGCCACGAUACUAGCAGGCAAGGGAAAAGUCUGCAGAAGAGGAAAACAAACCCUGCUAGGGCUGCGCCAUAUGCCUCGAGCUGUCGAUACGAACAAUUGACGAUCCAGUUAUUCGUAGGCAGCACCCGGUGGCUCCAGCGAUCAUCCUUACCAACAUUGGGACCCUGGGCGACGAGUGCCUAAUUUUGGUCGUCUUCUGCCUUGGGCGGGGGAGAUUGAUCAGGAAACUCGUGGGCCACUGGGCCGCCUUG